AUGGAGGCGACGAUACCGUGGGGCGCAAUUGAAGCCGGCUCCGCCUCGCUCCUUACUGACCAUGGCGACACAUCUUAUGCGUCGUCCGACGCCUCGCAAUGCUCGUGCUCGUCCGACGCCUCGUGCUGCUCAUCGUCCAACUGCGAUGGGUCAUGCUCGGCGACAGUGGCGGCCAAGCCUCCGAUGAUGCGCACACCCGAGCAAGUUAUCCGUGCGAUGGCCGAGAGUAUUGAUGCCAGCCUUGAUGAGUGCCUCUGGCAGUGGAUCGUCCGUGGCGUUCUUGCCGGCGUCCUCAUCACCACCGGCGCCUUCCUCUCGACCGUUUUCUCGGCCGGCGUCGAGGCCCACGGCCCGCAGGCGUUCAUGGCAGGCCUCGGCUUUGUUACUGCAGUUUCCAUGGUCAUUCUCUCCGGAUCGCUCCUCCUCAGCGCGUCGAGCAUCACCAUUCCAAUGUAUCUUCUCGCUCGUGGCGGCUGGGAUGCGGCUGUGGCUGCUCUCGGUCACCGGUGCGGCCGCGUGAGCAACGCGAUCGAUAACUUCCAGACCCGCGUCUUUCGCCCAAAACGUGCUGUUGCUAUGUGGCUCGUCUCUAUCGUCGCCAACUACCUUGGAUCGCUAUUUGCCGGCGCUCUGUUCGUGGCCGGCUCACUGCUCGACGCGCACUCGACUGCUCGUCUGGACGCCAUCGUCCUCGCCAAAGUCAGCCCGUACUGGGCCAGCGGCGCACGCGGCUGGUUCUCGCUUGUGGUCUGGGGCAUGAUCGCCAACUUGCUGGUAGGGAUGGCGGCGUACAACGCAACUGUGGCGCGCACACUGCCGGGUAUCGUCCUCGGCAUCUUCCUCCCGGUCAUGGCCUUUGUUGUCCUCGGCGCAGCCCACUCGCCGACCAACAUGGGCUACUUUGCGCUCUCGCUCAUCAACGGCAACUCGCCGAUCACCUGGGGCGAUACAUGGGCAUGGCACCUCCCUGCCGCCAUUGCAGGCAAUCUUCUCGGCGGCGCGCUCCUCAUCGGCUUGCCGAUCUUCCUCGCCCAUGGCGUCUCACCAACCACGUACCGCACCAAGAUCAUGUGAACAGUCAGUACCACACCAUGACAUACACACACCUGAC